AAGUAAUAACUGAAUAUUUCGUUUUUUGAGAAAUGUAAACAAUAUUUAAUUAUAUUUCAAUGUCAUAGUACAGUAACCUCAGUCCGCGCACAAUGCAAAUUAGUAGCGUGUCAGACUAUCGAACUUGGCCACAAUACUCUGUAGUGAGCUUGCCAAAACUAUUUUUGGUAUUGACCCCGUAAAACAAAAACAAUUUAAAGGGAAACAAACAAUUUUAUGCAUAAAAAAAUUUGCUAAUUAUUAAAAUAGCUAACUAUAAACAACCUGAAACAAAAUAUUUAUUUAUAUAAAAAAAAAUUUACAAUAACAAUACAUUCAUUCAGAUGAGUUAACAAAAAAUAAUGAGCUAACUAAAAUAAAUACUCAAAGAAUAGUUAUAUGAAUGAAAUACAUCAAUUAACCUAAGUGCCUGGUUAAUUACCACAAACGAAUGAGUAAUUAUCAGGCCUCAAUUAACCACUAAAUUGUUUUAUGGUUCCAAAAUGUAUAUAUUAUCUCUUACAUUUAAUUAAUGUUUUAUUUGUUACCGUAAUUCAAAUAAAUAAAUAAUUUAAACGUCAUGUUAUAUUAUUGUUGUAUCAAUACAGCAUAUUGCCGUUAAUGUUCCCUUGGAGAUCUUCUGAAUAAACAACAUUUUAGGGGUCAGCUAAUCAUAUAUUCCCCGUAUAUUUUUGAGAUUAUUAUUAUUAUUAUUAAAUAUGAAUUCUAGACAAAAUUGCUUGUGUACAAAAUUUUUGUGUAAUCAUAUAUCGAAUAAAAUAUUUUAACAAUAAAGUAAAUAAUCAAUAAAUAUUUUUAAUAAGUUCUGUUAUAGUAGAUUAAAUUUACAUACACAAGAAAAUGAAUGUAUUGAAACCUAAUGAAAAUAGCCGGUUGAUUUUGCACAAUGAAGAUAAUCAAACAAUUAUCGACAUACCGAGUCCAGUAAAAAAACAACUAGAAUCUAGUGGAUUCGAACUUUUCGAAUACAUGGAAGAAUGUUCACAGUUAGUCACAAAUGUAUUACUCGCCAGUGAUAACCGCGAAAAUAACAGAAGAGAAACAGACAAAAUUGAAAGAGAUAAAAGAUUAAAAGCAAUAGAAGAUGAAUCAAUAGAAGCGGCCACGAAAUUUAAAGAGAUCUGUGAAUUAUGGCCAGUGAUACUAGACAAAAAUGAUGCGUUAGACAUUUAUAAACAGUCAGAAUUACAAAAAAGCAGAGGAAAUAAUCUUAUUGAACAAAAAAAUGAGAUGAUCAAUAAAUUAAAACUAGAAUUAGCUGAAUCGGAUUCUAGAUUUUUACAAGAACAAUAUGCUCAGAGCGAAGAUAUAAGAAUUUUACAAGAGAGAAUUGAAAACCAAGUCAAGUUUAUUAGAAAACAGUAUAAAAACCACAUCGAUUAUAUUAGAUCUUCUAUUGAAGAACAGAGGAAAAAAUUUAUUGAUAAAUCAAAUUAUAAUUGGGACGAUUUUUAUGAUAAAAUUGUAGUAAGUGAAAUAAAUUCAAUUGAUGAACGCUUAGCUAUGAUUGACAAAAAAGAAGACAAUAUAAUAAGACAAUUUGAGAUUAACGAAGAAUGUGUUCGAACGUUGAAAUCCGAAUUGAACACCGAAUUACAUCUCAUACAGAGAGAAUUUGAAUUGAUAAAAAUGAAAUGCUUAGAAAAUGUGGAAAAACUUAAUUAUAACUAUCAGGUUCUAAAACGAAGGGAAGAAGAAAUUGCUUGUGCUAAGGCUGCCCAGAGAAGAAAAAUUAAUAAGCUACAAGAUGUGCUGUCGAUUAAAAGAAAAUUAGUAAGAGAUACAAAAACUGAGUUCCAAGAUAAACUGAAAAUACUUUAUGAGCAUAUAGAAAAACUUAAAGAAGACAUUCAACGCUACGAAAACAAAACAGAAAGAUUUUCAGAAGUCCAAGAAAAUACAUAUAAAGAACUGUGGAAUUAUUCUCAAGAACAAAUGAAUUCUCAUCUAAAAAGGAUUUUCGAAAUCGACCGAUUUAUCCACGAAAAAUACCUAUUAGUUACAUGGCAACCUCCACCCAAGUUAAUGUACUCGAGUUUUACAGAGCUUCCUUCUUACAAAAACAACUUUAUAACAGACAGAGUUAAAAGAGACAAAGUUAUUAAAAAAGAUGACAUAGUUGACUUUUCCAUUUCACCCUACAGUCGUUACAGGGAACAGGCCUUUUUGAAUUUAAUAAUGGAAAAGACAUUGGACAAUGCUUCAUUUUUAUUAGACGAUCAACUUCUCGAUAUAAUCAAUACACAUUCGGAGAAAAAUCUUUCCCUAUUAUUCAAUAUCUUGGCCACGUGUGGUAUCAAAACCACAAUUACAUGGAACCAAAUGCUUUUUAAUGUGCGAGAACAGGUGAUAUGCGACAUUUGCCAAAAACCUGUAACAUGGCACAAACCCGAGACAUUACAGUCAAUAGAUAAAAGCAAAAUGGAAUAUCAAUUAGAAAAUCAAAUAAUUGGCAAACUAAUAGAAUUUACGCAAAAUCAUUCUAAAAAUAUUGAAAACAUUUUAGCUUCUAAUGAAGACAGUGUUAUAAAAUCACAGCAAAGAAAAAUUUCUGAAACUGGACUGCUACACUAUUUUAAAUCAUUUGAUUACGCCAAAGCCGAUUCAGACGUUUCUUUACUUACAAGAUCAUUGUCUCUUAUGGAUUAUGGUCAAAUGCUAAGUGAAAACAAAUCUAUAACUACUUUAAAAUCACAAGAUUCUCGACCUUUAAUUACAGCAAUUGAUAAGUCUACAAGCAAUUAUGAUACGGAGUCUUAUGAAAAUGAUGAAAGAGUGUCAAUUACACAAUCACAACAAAACAUUAAAAUCAAUCCUAGAGAGCUUGAAAAUACUGAGAAUGAAUUAAAUUUUCGAUGCAAUAAUCUCACACAUCCACUUUCGAUUUCAAACAUAGAUUACCUGCGAGCUCUUAAAAAAACGAUAGAUAGCAUAAAAAAAAAAAAUAAUAAUCAUAAUCAGCAAUAUAGAACUGAAUACUUUUUCAAAAAUGUAUUAAGCAUAGAUGACAUAGAAAAAUAUUGGAAACAGUAUCUAAACGUUUUUCCUGAUGAAAACAUUAAACUAUGGGAUAAUUUUGAGAAUGCAAUAAAAUUAUACUAUCAAGCAUUAUAUUCUUAUAAUAGGAAGAGAAAUGAAGUAGAAAAAAUCGAAAUUGAAAACAAGGAGUUAAAGAAAAUAUUGAGCACAUUUAUGGAUUCAGAAAAAAAUGAUAAUGGUUUUCAAAAAAUGUUUGCUCCAAAAAUAUUAAAACAAACAACUGUAACAAAGUUAAAUUCCAAGCCAAAUAAUGAGAACACAGUAACCAUCUAUGGGACUCAAGUUGAUAUAAUAUCAGCAGACAAAAAGAACCAAAAGAAAAAUACACAAAAAUAAUAGAACUAUUAGUUACAAACUACCGUAAUAAGAAAAAAUGUAGAAGUAAUGCACAUAUCUCUAGUACCCAAUGACUAUAGCACAGUGUCUGAAAUCAAUUAACUUAUAUCAACCGAUGUAAAACAAAUAAAUUUGAAAUUAUUUCUUUUGUUUUUAAAUUUACAAAAAAUUAGGAGUGCAAUGGGGAAUUAACAUGGUUUAAAUAUAAAAUAUAUCAAAAUACAGUCGAACUUGGUUAUCUCGAACUUCUUUAACUCGAAAUCGUCGAUACCUCGAACUUUUACUCCGGUCCCUAGAAUUUCCUAUUUAAACAAUGUAAAAAAAUCUUGUUUAACUCGAAUAUUUUCAUGGAUAACUCGAAGUUUUGAGUUUUAUUAAUACAUAUGUUUUUGUAUAAAAUUUCCCUCAUUUAUCUAUAAAGGUCAUUACUCAUUAGUCAUUAAUGUUAUCGUUACCGAUAAGUUGUUUAUCUACGGUUUACGACGACGACGACUGGACGAUUCACUACAAACGCUGCAAUCAACAGCAAAACUCAAACAAAAAUAAAUACCUUUUUUAAAUAAUUUUUUAACCUCAUUUUUGUUUAUAUGUACAUACAUUACCUACCUUUUUAAAAUUACAUAUACAUACAUACUAAUUUUUAUUGCACAUUUCAUAUUUUAUUUAUAAUAAACACAGGAAUUAAUAUACAGACAUACAGUACUGUUUUAAAAUUUUUUUUUGGAUAACUCGAACUUUUACUCCGGUCCUUUCAACUUCGAGUUAACCAAGUUCGACUGUAUAUAGAGUGACUCACGAUUUUUUAAUAAAUCUUUUAUAGUAGAUUAAGAAAACAUUAUUAAUUUUCAGUAGUAAAUUUUCUAUAGCAUUUUGAAGUUUAUAAGAAUCUAAAUUUUCAUGUGUUUAUUUUACAAUAUCAAAUAUUAAAAAUGUUUUCAUAGAAAACUUUUAAUAAUAUGUAUUUAAUAUAAAAAUAUACUUUACUUCUAUUUUCGUCUUUAGAUAAACUAAUUUUGACAUUGUAAAAUAAACAUAAAAAUAAUCAAA